AUGCAAGUCUUGAUCGCCGCAUGCAACUACAUGGUACAGCAAAUUGCCAUUGAACAAAAUCUACCUCUCAAGCUGCACGCCGACACCGUGCGAAACUUCGAUUGUGCCGAUGACGAUGCGGAAGUACCUGAGAACGUAUACAAUGCAGUCAUGGCAUGUUGGAACAGUGACCAGAUACAGGCCGCAUGGAUGCGCCGAGAUGAGUUCUGGUGCUUAGAUUCCAUCGAAUAG